UUGCGGAAGUGCCGGGGAACGCUGUGAGCGUUUCUGUGCUCUGACAGCUUCGUUCGGUACUCAGAGCAGAUAUUUCUGGCAGGUUUCGCGCCUGUAGCAUCGUUUUUUACAUGAACACAGCUGACUUAUGGCAGCUCUGAAAUACGCAGGAAUGGACGAUACAGACAGUGAUGACGAGUUACCGCCGGGAUGGGAGGAGAGGUCCACUAAAGAUGGUUGGGUUUACUAUGCAAAUCAUGAUGAGAUGAAGACACAGUGGGAACAUCCCAAGACAGGAAAGAAAAAACGCUGUGCUGGAGAUCUACCAUAUGGAUGGGAGCAGGAAACUGAUGAAAAAGGACAGAUACUUUAUGUUGAUCACAUUAACAAGCGGACAACCUAUUUUGACCCACGCCAAGCAUUCACAGUGGAAGAUGUGGUGGUGAAGCCGAAACGGUACGAUGGAAACACUGCCGCUCUGGAGAUCCUGCAGGGUCGCGACCUCUCGGACAAGGUGGUCCUCAUUACUGGAGGCAACUCAGGCAUUGGCUUCGAGACGGCCAAGUCUUUUGCUCUUCACGGCGCCCAUGUGAUCCUGGCAUGUCGAAACCUGUCUCUGGCCAGCAAGACGGUGACCGCCAUACAGCAGGAGUGGCACAAAGCAAGAGUGGAAGCCAUGAUGUGCAACCUGGCUUCUCUCCGCAGUGUCAGGGAGUUUGCUGAGUCAUUCAAGGCCAAGAAACUCCCCCUGCACAUUCUGAUCUGUAACGCAGCAGUGUGCACUCAGCCCUGGAGUCUGACGGAGGACAACCUGGAGUCCACCUUCCAGAUCUGCCAUCUGGGUCACUUCCUGCUGGUGCAGUGCCUGCAGGACGUGCUGCGUCGUUCGGCCCCCGCCCGUGUUGUGGUGGUAUCUUCCGAGUCCCACAGGUUCACAGACCUGUUAGACUCGUGUGGCAAGGUGGACUUGGCCCUGUUGUCUCCGUCCAGGAAGGAUUAUUGGUCUAUGCUGGCUUACAACCGGGCCAAACUCUGUAACAUCCUCUUCAGCAAUGAGCUCAACCGCCGCCUUUCGCCUCAUGGUGUCACCUGCAACGCACUGCAUCCUGGGAACAUGAUGUACACCUCCAUCCACCGGAGCUGGUGGCUGAUGACUUUCCUCUUCACACUGGCCAGGCCUUUCACCAAGUCUAUGCAACAAGGGGCGGCCACCACAGUGUACUGCGCUGUAGCUCCAGAGUUGGAGGGGCUGGGCGGCAUGUACUUCAACAACUGCUUCCGCUGCCUGCCGUCCAUCCAGGCCCAGGAUCACAGCAGCGCCGCCAGCCUGUGGGAGCUGAGUGAGCGCCUGGUUGCAGAGCGGUCGGUGGGCAUCCAGGCCCUCUAACUGACAGAAGAUGAGGAGGCGGAGGAGGGUAGGCAAACAGGAAUCAAACAGGAAGAAACUGAUGUUGAGUUUGAACUUAAUAAAAGAUAACUGUAAUCUGACUGCACUAUACAAGAGCUGCCAAACCACAGAAGUCCAUCUGGAUAUGUCACAUCACUACGGGGGCUAAAACACACUACAUAUACAGUACAGGAGGAGGGUUUCAAUAUAUAGUCUACUGAAUGAUUUAAAGUUUGAGUUGAGUUCUGCUCUGCUGUGGUAGUUUACAAUGGGAAACUGGGGACGGGAGAAGAUCUGAGACGAAUUUGGUGUAGUUUCUUCUUUCCCUGUUUAUCUUAGUAGCUUUCUUGUAACUCUUUAGUCCUUUUCAUGACUGUCUGUUUAAGGAAGCAAAGCUCAGUACAGGGUCACCUAGUAAGCAUAUACUCUAUGGCAUAUGCAUCUGUUUCCAGCAAUAGUGCACUAUAUGGCAAAUAACAUGUCUUCCCAAUUACUGUGUGUUUAUUCAGUAUCCUCUUGUCUGGUUCAGUGUAGAUGUUUGUUUCCUAUUGAGAUACAGAGAGCGUUGGAUAACCAUUGUGCUAAAUCUUUUUGGGCAAGAAGAAAUAAAGAGUAAUGGGCAUGUGACACUCAUGGAUAUAUAAACACACUAGAGGUAUGAUUCUUAUGGCUAUUUACAUUAUUCUGGAAUAAUUUUAUUUCUUAUCAACGUCCCUAUUUGUUUCUUGUACAAUAUUUACAACAUCCUGAUUACUGGGCAUGUGCUAAAGGAGUGUGGACAUCGUAAUUUUCCUGUUUGCUAUCUGACUCAGCCUAAGUAUUGAUAAUCUAUACUCUGGUAAGUCUUCGUUACAAUUUGGAGAUAUUCAUGGGAUGAUCUUUGUCCAUUUGAAUAGCAAAUACAGAAGGUCGAGAAUCUUA